GAGAGAGAGAGAGAGAGAGAGAGAGAGAGAGAGAGAGAGAGUGUCAACCUCAUCAACCUUAUGGAGAUAUUUCUCACCCUUUCUCCUCUCUUCCUGGAUUUUAUAUCCUCCGGAUAUCCGCCUCAGAUGCUGACGAUCGACAGGUGUUGGCACUGAUUUCCUCCGUAACCAUGGCGACGCUGAUUGGGUGGAGGCCGACUUGUCACAGAAGCCUUAGCUCAGUAGGUAUUUCCUUCCAACAUCUCUCUCUGUGUUCUACAACAAAGGCUCUUCCGCCCCGACGGGCUGCACCCCAGCAGCAUUGGAGUGGAAAUUCUGUCUGACAACAUCUCAAAGACGCUACGCACCAUUUGACUAGUAAGUACAAAUUUGAACCAUAGUCUGUGCUGCUCUCACCCACCUGUUAAGAAUGUUAAUGCUUCCAAAUGCAUAGAGACUGUGUCUGUCCCCCGAAUAAUACAACCAAAUAAUAAUUUAUUUAAAAGUCAGAGAAAAAAAUCUUAUCAUGAUUAAACCAAAAGUCAACAUAUUUAAUGAGCAGAACCAACGCCUAAAGUUUGGGCUACUUAAUAUUAGAUCACUAAAUCCAAAGGCAGUUAUUGUAAAUGAAAUGAUCACAGACAACAGUUUUAAUAUACUUUUCCUUACUGAAACCUGGCUUAAGCCAAAUGAUUACUUCGGUCAAAAUGAGUCUACUCCACCAAGCUACGGUUAUAUUCAUGAGCCACGUCCGGUUGGUCGAGGUGGUAGUGUCGCAACAAUCUUUAGAGACUUUCUUACCGUUACUCGGAGAACAAUGCAUACAUUUAAAUCAUUUGAAGUGCUUGCGUUGAACAUAACUGUUCCAAAUAAAAGUAAAAAACCAUUGGUCUCUCUUACAUUGGUUACUGUGUAUAGACCCCCUGGGCCUUACACUAAUAUUCUGAUAGAGUUCGCAGACUUCUUAUCGGAUCUAUUGGUUGACGUCGAUAAAGUACUGAUUGUUGGAGAUUUUAAUAUCCACGUAGAUAUUGCUAACGGUCCAUUAGCUGUGGCGUUUAAAGAACUGCGAGACUCUUGUGGUGUAACACAAUACAUCAAUAGACCUACUCAUCGCCUUAAUCAUACCCUAGACUUGAUUACAUCUCACGGAGCCGAUCUAACCAAUAUCGAUGUUAUACCUCAAAGUGACGAUGUUUCCGAUCACCAUCUUAUAACAUGUACACUGCGCACUGCUGAAAUCAGUUGUAUAUCUCGUUAUCGACAGGGUAGAACAAUCACCUCAACUACUAAAGAUAGUUUCGUAAAGAACUUGCCAGAUCUGACUCCUCUAAUAACCUUUCCAACUAAUAUAGAAUCGCUCGAUAACAUGACCAGCAACAUGGGCACUAUUUUGUCUAGUGGGUCAAUGACGUGUUUUGUGUCCAAAUUCAUUAUUUUCAUAAAUAGAAUUUGAAUAAAUACAUGUCAUAUAUCAAAUGGAUCUACAAUAUGUCCUUUAUAAGAAACCCUUUUCAUUUUAUUGAAAUUCAAUAGAUUUUUUGAGUUUUGGUGUUUGAAAGACCAAAAAUGUCAGGUGGUGCGACCGUCCGAACAUACAAACAGAGAACAAAACUGAGAAAUAAAUGUUAAUUUUCUCAAUAAAAUUCUUAAUAAAAUAUUUUGGCAUGAUUUUAUGUUAAAUUUCUUAUAUAUGAGGGGAAAAAUACUCAGUGCUAAAUACAUUAAAUGUAUAUUAUGUUAAAUCAAUAUAUGGUCGCACCACCUGACAUUUUCUUAUUUGUCAUUGACCCUAAUACAUUAGAAGCGGUCGCACCUAUGAAGUCAAAAAAGAUUAAUGAAAAGAUCAUAGCACCAUGGUAUAGUAACACCACUCGCGCCCUAAAAAGAGAAACGCGUAAACUGGAGCGAAAAUGGAAACAAACCCAAUUAGAGGUCUUUAAAAUUGCAUGGAAAGAGAGUGCAAGCUGUUACAAAAAGGCACUAAAAGCAGCAAAAGCUGAGCACUUCCGUAACCUCAUAGAAAAUAACAAAAACAAUCCAAGGUUUUUAUUUAGUACAAUUGCUAAACUAACAAACAAACAGACUCCAGCUGACCUGGGUAUUCCGCCGCACCUUGGUAGCAAUGAAUUCAUGAAGUUUUUUUACUGAGAAAAUCGAAAUAAUAUGAAACAACAUAGCUAAAACCAAACCUCCAAGUGUGUCGAAGAAUUAGUUUCAACCGUCACCCAAAAAGAAAAGCUAGAGUGUUUUUUCUCCUAUUAACCCAGAAGAUUUAAUCAAAAUUAUUGCAACAUCCAAACCAACGACGUUCAAAAUUAUUCAACCCCCAAUGCUGUAAAUGGUUUUAGGGAAUUUAGUGUACAUUUGAAAUUGUAUUCAGAAUGAAAUCCUACAAGGACUUCUUAAAAAACUAUAUGCAAAUAAAAUGACAUCAAUUAGCUUUGUAAUACAGUAGUAAAUGUUUCUUUUGUGAAUUCUUCAUUGACAUAAUUAUUCAACCCCUUAAAGACUUACCACUCUGAAGAACAGAGGUUCAAUGAAGUGUUUUCAAUCAGGUAUUGAAAUCACCUGUGGAUAUCAGGGAGCAGCAAUAAAGCCUAAUAGGCACCAAUUAGGCAGCUUUAAAAUGACUGUGAUACUCAGCUCCUUCUAGACAUUUACUGGUGUGGUUACAAACAUGGUGAGGUCAAGAGAAUGGUCCAGGAAGACAAGAGAACAGGUGAUUACUCUUCACAGGAAGGGCAAUGGCUAUAAGAAGAUUGCAAAGAUGUUAAACAUACCAAGAGACACCAUAGGAAGCAUCAUUCGCAAAUACAAGGCAAAGGGCACUGUUGAAACGCUACCUGGUCGUGGCAGAAAGAAGAUGCUGACUUCGACUGCUGUGCGCUACCUGAAGCGUAGAGUGGAGAAAAGUCCCCGUGUGACUGCUGAGGAACUGAGAAAAGAUUUGUCAGAUGUGGGUACUGAAGUUUCUGCGCCGACAAUACGGCGCACCCUGCGUAAUGAAGGCCUCCAUGCCAGAACUCCCAGGCGCACCCCCUUGCUGUCCCCAAAGAAUAAGAAGAGUCGACUGCAGUAUGCCAAAAGUCAUGUGGACAAACCACAGAAGUUUUGGGAUAGUGUUCUGUGGACUGAUGAAACAAAAUUAGAACUGUUUGGGCCCAUGGAUCAACGCUAUGUUUGGAGGAGGAAGAACAAGGCCUAUGAAGAAAAGAACACCUUGCCUACUGUGUCAAACCGACCAAAACAAUCAAUUUCAGUGGGGGUUGAAUAAUUUUGAACACAACUGUAUCUCAUCAAGACCAGAUGAUUCCAUUAAGCUGUCCAAACUGGCAGAGUGCAUCGAGGACAUAAAACAUUGGAUUACUAGUAAUUUCCUCAUUUUAAACUCUAGCAAAACAGAAAUAUUACUUAUAGCACAAAAAUCAAGUAAACGGAAUAUCUCCGAUUACAGCCUGCAAAUUGAAAGCUGCACUGUUACUCCAACAAAUACAGUUAAAGACCUAGGCAUUAUAUUAGACGGCAACCUGUCUUUUAAAAAUCACAUCUCAAAUAUCACAAAAAAAGCCUUCUUCCACCUUAGAAAUGUUGCCAGAUUAUGAAAUAGUUUGUGUGUUGCAGACGCAGAAAAGCUUAUUCAUGCAUUUGUGACCUCACGGCUUGACUAUUGUAAUGCUCUACUUAGUGGUUGUCCUGUAUCAUCGAUAAACAAACUACAGUUAGUUCAGAAUGCAGCUGCCAGAGUUCUUACUAGGUCAAGAAAAUACGAUCACAUAACCCCAGUUUUAUCAUCGCUUCACUGGCUACCCAUUAACUAUCGUAUUGAUUUUUAAUUACUUAUAAAGCCCUGAACGGUUUAGCACCUACUUACUUAACCGAGCUUUUAUCACGUUACAACCCAUCACGCUCUGUAAGAUCUCAAAACUUAGGACUUUUGACAACACCUAGAAUAACAAAAUCCACCAAAGGGGGACGAGCUUUCUCAUACGUAGCACCUAAACUCUGGAAUAGCCUUCCUGAUACUAUUCGAGGGUCAGACACACUCUCCCAAUUUAAAUCUAGAUUAAAGACACAUCUUUUCAGCCAAGCUUUCACUUAAUCCAUAGUUAAUGAACAGCAGCUACGCUAAUUAUUCUCUUUAUUCUCUUUCCGCCUCUGCCUCGGGAUGCCCAUCCCGAGGUAGGAAGUUCCACCAUGUCCAGACGACCGACAGAUGCCCAUCCCCAAUUUGAGAUUACGCCAGCUACAGCUGCAGACUGACUGACCAUCCCAGCUCCAUCUAAGGCAAUUCCACCACCAGCCAAGAGAAAUAUGACCAUCAGACCAUCCCAGCUCUGACCACUACAUCUACAACCAAGAGCAAAAGACAGACUAUUUGUCUUAUUAAUGCUGAAGUUACAAUAUUUGGUAUUAAAUGCUAAACUAAAAUCACAUAGCACCAGUUUGAGUGCAGCUAUGACACGUCAGAGGGGAUCUGGCCCUCCCGGUUGAGCCUGGUUUCUCCCGAGGUUUUUUUCUCCAUUAAUCAAUCAUUGGAGUUUGGGUUCCUCGCCACAGCAGGGCAGUGUUGGCCUGCUCACCGGGAGACUGCAUUCAUUCAUUUAUUUAAUUAGAAAUUAGAUAUUAUUUAUUAGAAUGAUCUUACUCGUUGUAUAAAUACCAUGCACUGUGCUGUGUUUUAACUUUUCUGUUUUUCCUGUUUGCCCCUGUAAAGCUGCUUUGAAACAAUGCACAUUGUGAAAAGCGCUAUAUAAAUAAACUUGAAUUGAAUUGAA